GCCAGGGGUCGAGUGUUCAAAGAGUGAAUGCCUAUAUUCACGUUUAUUGACAUUUAAUGCUGACAGGACUUAACGUUUACUGUAAACCUUUUUGAAUACAUUUUUCUUUGAUUAUAGUGGAAAUGACCUGUGAAAUUCUAACCAACUUUGAUGAUAUGUCUGUAGAUCAUAAAAUAGCUUCAAAUUGGUAGUUUUGCGUCGUUAAACUUCCGCGAAAUUCAGUUAUUACGCAACGUUGAAAUUUCGACUGCUAGCUACCGUGCUAGCGUCAGAGCCAGAGGAGUGAGAGACCCAAAUUAGUUCUACCCUUUUUAGUAAAGGUACAUUGAAUACAAUCAGAAAUGGGAUAUGCAUUGGUGCAAGGGGCGAGCAGAGGGAUUGGAUUACAAUUUUGUCGACAUUUGCUGAACAGACGACCGACGACAUUUGUGAUUGCAACUUGCCGACAGCCAGACAGCGCCGCGGAGCUUCAAUCACUGCUGAAGGAAUACCCGGCCAGACUUCAGAUCAUGCAGUUAGACGUAUCAAACGAGGAAAAGAUUGCAUCUACUGCCAGAGAAGUUAAAGAGCAUCUCCAUGGCAACAAGAGUAAAGGACUGGACCUACUCAUUAACUGUGCAGGGAUGCUUCAUCCGUCUGGGAGGGGAGAGACUAGUCUUAAAGCAGUAUCUCAAGAGGGACUGAUGUCAACCUUUGCCACCAAUGCAUUCGGUCCUCUUCUGAUGGCCAAGUACUUUGGGGAACAUCUGACCAAGGGGAGUGGAGAGUUUGGACAGCCAUCAUCAGAUACUAGUAGUCAUUCAGGUGUACUGGUCAACAUGUCUGCUAGAGUUGGUUCUAUAUCGGACAAUGGAUAUGGUGGAUGGUACAGCUAUCGAAUGUCGAAGAGUGCCCUCAACAUGGCAAGCAAGAACCUGAGCAUAGAGUUCUCCCGGGGAAGACGGAAGGUGAUCUGCAUCAGUCUCCAUCCAGGGACGGUGGAUACAGACCUCUCAAGACCGUACCAUAAAAACGUCCCUGUGGAUAAGCUCUUCACCUCGGAGUACUCCGUCGAGACGAUGAUGAAGGUGAUUGAAAACCUGACAGUUGAGGAUUCUGGGAAGUUCUUUGAUUUCGAUGGAAAGGAGAUCCCUUUCUGAUGAUUGACAAAGCGAUAUUGAUGUUGAUUCUUGAACUUUUCUAGAACUGAAGAGCAAAAGAGGACACUACCAAAUAUGUGCUGUGUAUACUAUUGUAAAAAGAAGGUCUCAUCAAUCAAUACCUUUACCGGUGUAUAUAUCAACAUCAAUAUGACUAUUUAGUAGGAAGCCGAUCAGUCUGUGUGUGAUGUAAACCUACUCUUGCAAUCCAAUAUUUGCCUUAUUUAUAGACUAAAUUUGUAACAUUUGUAAGCACCAUAACAUCUGGCUGAAAUGCUGUUCAGUGUAUCUCGCGAAGUGGCUCAAAAGAUAUCGUAAAAACUUGAAUGAUAUUUGGAAAAUGGUCAUUAUAAAAAAUAAGCAUGUGGUCAUAGAAGAUACUCUCUUAACCAGCGUUCUUGUAUCCCCUCUCUCCCUUCUUAUUUGUUGCAACAUAUUUGAAAAGAAAAUUGGCUAACAUAUUGAGAGAACAAUAAAUUAUUCUGAUAAUGUCUUGAAAAUAUAACGUGAGUUGCCAAUGCCAUUUCAGAAUACCAAUUUGAAUGUCUCAUUGGAUAUAAUUUUGAAUAGUGGAAAAUCUAAGCCAAGUUAUCAUUGUGUUGUAACUUACAGUUCUUGUAUUGGCCAUUUGAAUAGGAGAAGAAAUGAUAACUCAAUUUGUAGAGCAGUGGUCUUGCAAUCUGACGACCCAGGUUUGAAACCCAGUCGGUGCGCUAUGGUUCAUUUAUUGUUUAUAUAGGUCCCUCAGAAAGGUUCUUAGGCUGCAGAUUCCCUGGUUGCUACUGUAACAGGCAUUCAUGCUUCGCAGAUAAGAUAACCACCACCAUCAAAUUUCCUUGUUCAAUUUGAAAAAGAAAAAAAUAUUUUGUAACUAAAAUUGCUAAACAUUUUAGUUCUAAACAUUCCAAUCGUAUUGUUUCAAAUGAAGUAAUGUUUCAAAUAAUAUCGAUGGAAUGAAGCUUUAAAGAAUAGAUUUCUGAUAAUUGUCUGAAAAUAAUUUCUGAUAUCUAAAGAUAUGUUGACUGUGCUUCUUCUAUUGGUUGUCUUGAAUUUUCUCGCCCGAUGAAAUCAUAUUCUUUUCUUAUAACUUAUCUGAUGCGUUUCAUUCAAUUAUUUUUAGUUGAUAUUGGGGUUUUAAGAAGAUUUAGAGCUAUCUACAACUAGUACAAGUAAAAUUGCCUAAAUCGACCUUUAUUCCAUAAAUCAAAUAUUUGCCCACGUCAAUUUUUAAAGCCAGAUUAUACGAAAGCAUGUGUUAUAUACCUAUUCUAAGUCAAAUAUCUCUAAGUCAGACAUAUUUCUGUGUUCUCACAAGAAUUUAUUUAGGCUAAGUUAGUGGUAUAUACAUAUUCUAUCUUGAGUUAUCUUUUUCAAAAAUCAUAUGUGGUAUUCAUAAUAAUCCCUUAUGUCUUUAAAGGUCAUGUAUCGAGGUACUCCCAGUGCUCAUGGCUUUAUCAGUUUAAGUCAAAAUAGUUUUACAUCUAUAAUGUCAACCUCUGUUGAGAGAUCAGCUGUUUAUGGGUUGAUUUUUCCCUUGUCAGGCGAGGGUUAAUAGAACAUUAGUUUGAUUUGAUUUGAAUCAAUUUUUUCAUUUAUAUUUAAUUUUCAUUUAUAUUUCAUGAUAAUACAUACAUAAUAAACAAAGAAUAAUUAUUAUCAGAAUUCAUAAUACAUACAUGAUCAACAGAGAAUAAUUGGAUUUCAAUGUAAAUUUGAAAAGGUGAACAUGUAAAGAAACAAAGUAUUCAAUAACUAAGUACAAUAAGUUUGAGAAUUUCACUUCAAUAUAAAGACAAGAAAGCCAGAAAGUGUAUUUUAAAGACCAUUUAGUCCUCUUGAGUGGCCAGCAGUCUUAAUAUACAUAUGAAUUGUAUCAUAAAAGUAGUGCAAUACUUUUCAAAUAAAUACUUUCCUGUGCUAUGCAUUAUUAAGAGAAUGUAUAUUAUGGAUAUUUUCAUUAUUCCAAUAAAAAAAAAUCAUGAAUCAA